AUGACUGAACAGAUCAGUCAUAAGAAAUCGUUAAGGAUUAAGAAUUCGAAUAAAGAUAAAAGGUUACAGUUGAAGGAGUUUUAUAAACUUAAUGAAGAGGUACAACAGGACAAAGUGAAAUCAGAUUCUAAUUCUUCUGCUUCCUCCCCUCCUCCUAUCCCUCUUCCGGAGGGCAUAGAUCGAGUUUCAGACACUGAUACCCAAGAGGUCUCGAUAAAAGAGAAUAAAGAGGUUAAACCAGUUACUGAUUUUGAUGAUACAGAUUCAAUAGAUUCUAGAUCACUGGAGAAUAUGGAAGAUAAAUCGGUGAAGGAACUGUAUUUCAAAGAUCUACUUCAUAUGCAUAAUAAGCUACUAAGUAAAGAAACUGAAACUAAUAAUUCGAUUAAGAACACAAUUUAUGAAAACUAUUAUGAUUUAAUUAAAGUUAACGAUUUGUUAAAGGGAAUGGUAGAUGAGAAAAGUCAACCGUUGAACGAGCUUAAAGAAACCAUUGAAUUCAUUAUACAUUAG